UUUCCGGUUUAGGAUUCUGUUCCGUGUGCUUGUUCUCUUUCGAGCUAAGGCCGAUUAUUAUAAAACAUUAAUUUUUGGCAACUUGCACCAAUUAAUUAAGCUAAAAGUUUAAAUAUGUCGACAAAAGCUGAGCUCGCAUGCGUCUACGCCUCCCUCAUCCUCGUCGAUGAUGAUGUCGCCGUCACCGGUGAGAAAAUCUCGACCAUCCUGAAGGCCGCUAAUGUUGAGGUGGAGCCCUACUGGCCCGGUCUGUUUGCCAAGGCGUUGGAGGGCAUCAAUGUCAAGGACUUGAUCACUAACAUUGGCUCCGGUGUUGGUGCUGCCCCAGCUGGCGGUGCUGCUGCUCCAGCCGCCGCUGCCGCUCCCGCUGCCGAGUCCAAGAAGGAGGAGAAGAAGAAGGAAGAGGAGUCUGAUGUCUCCGACGACGACAUGGGCUUCGGUCUGUUCGAUUAAACUGUAGCCGCAGCAGCUAAAACUACUGUAGUUACUAACAUAGAGGCAACAACAUCCGCCGUGUAUGUGAAGUAAGAUUUUGUAAUCUUCCCACAUUCGUACACGUUUUAAUGUACAAACGCGAGGAAAUAUAAAAGUUUACUUUAACGUGA